UGAACAUUUUCUACUCAUUGCCACAGAGGCAGACACUUCCCAGUCAGGACUGUUGAGCAAAUCAAAAUAUGAAGAACAGGAAGGCGAGUCUGAUGGGAGGAGAGUCGACAGAUACAAGCUUUGUCUCCUGUCCAGUUGUGACAUAUUUGGUGACCUUCUGCAGCCAAGACACCAUGAUUACUGAUCCAAACGCGUCGUCAUUUUUUGACGACUUCAGCUCUAUCUAUGAAGAACUGAACUUCACCUACAACUACACAGAGUUCAACCUGAACCCGGCCACCGAACCCUGCGACAACUUCCGGUUCCCGGACGUCAUGAUGCUGAUCGCCUGCUUGUUUUACGUCUUCGUCUUCCUGUUGGCCAUUCCGGGGAAUCUGGUGGUGGGGUUGGUGAUCGGGCUGAGCAAGCAGGCGCUGAUGCCCUCCGACCUCUACCUGCUCCACCUGGCGGUCGCAGACCUCCUGCUGGCCUUCACCCUGCCCUUCUGGGCCACCUCCGUCACCUCCGGCUGGGUGUUUGGGGAUUUUAUGUGUAAAAUCGUCACAGUCCUGCAGGAGCUGAGCUUCUACUCCAGCAUCCUGUUCCUGACCUGCAUCAGCAUGGACCGGUACAUGGUCAUAGUGCGGGCGAUGGAGGCCCGCCGCGCAAACCGCCAGGUGUGCAGUUGGGUUAUCUGCGUCGUGGUUUGGGUUGUCGGUGGGUUGCUGUCCCUACCGGGGUUCUUCAGCUCCGCAUUCCCUUCCCAAAACACAACCCACAUGGUGUGUGCAGUGCAGUACAACCCCAGCAGCGCCGACGAGUGGCGGCUGGCCACCAGAGUCCUCCGCCACACCUUGGGGUUCGUCAUCCCGCUGGCCGUCAUGCUGCCCUGCUACGGGGUGACCAUCCAGCGGCUUCUCCACAUUCGCGGUGGCUUCCAGCGGCAGCGCGCCAUGAGGGUCAUCAUAUGUGUGGUGGCCGCCUUCCUGCUCUGCUGGACGCCGUACCACCUGGCGGUGAUGGCGGACACCUUCUUCCGGCUGAAGAUCGUGGAGUACGGGUGCCGGGAGAGGACGGCGGUGGACCAGGCCAUGUUUGCCACGCAGAGCCUGGGGCUGCUGCACAGCUGCGUCAACCCGGUGCUGUACGCGUUUGUUGGGGAGAAGUUCAGGAAGAAGCUGCUGCAGAAAAUGAGGAAGAUGGGCCUGUUGGAGCGGGCGUCGAUCUCCAGAGCCAGCAGGUCUUCCAUAUCAUCGGAAAUCACAUCAACAGUCAUGUGAAAAUGUUACUGAAAGCUGCAGGAUGAAACUUUUCCCAAAGUGUUUUUUACAUAUUUGUAGAAACCGUCACCAUGUUGUGACAGUUUAGGAGAAAUAUAAUCUGUGAAAAAGUCAAGCUCCUCCUCGUCCUCCCUCAGCUACUGCUGACCAAAAACAGCCAAUCAGAGUCAGGAGGCGGUCUGUCAAUCAACCUUGUGUAUGGGCUGUUAUCAGUCUUCUCCAUCUCCUCCCUGAGCUACUAUUGCCAUCUGAAAACAACGCACUGCUAUCAGUCCAAAAAAAAGCAAUCAAAGCCAAGAGAAGAGUCUUAGCGCUGACAAUCAAGCUUGUGUAUGGUUUGAUCAACGUGUUAAUGGAGGAGAAACAAGUUACAGUUACAUAAAACGGUUUAUCUGCAAUUAUCAGUGGCUGUGCUAACUACAGUUAGAAGUGGGAGGACGUUUCCAUUCUUUCACAAAUUAUUUGUCUCAUAAACUGUCAUGACAUCACGAUAACUUUAACAAAUAUAUAAAAAACAUAUUUUUUUUAUAAAAGUUACCAAGUGAAGCUUUAACUUCAAAUAUUUGCUGGACUUUCUGCACAUUUUUUUUUUACUUCUAGUUGCCUUUAAAACUUCUUUGCCUUUUAUAAAUAAGUUUCCUAUGUGUUGAUGUACAUUUCAUUGUAUUUAUGCUACCAGAAGAAAGGCUUUCUUAACUUAAGCUGGGAACAUUUUUGCAGAAGUGGGUAAAAGUACCAAAAAUUAAACUGCAAUAACAUCAGCAGUACUUCAACAUUUCUUUACUCAAGUAAAAGUAAAAGUAACAGUCCACAAAAUUACUCAAACUAAAGUAAAAAUGUAUUUGGUAAAAUUAUGACUGAGUAACAGAUCAAAAAAUCUGAUUUAGUAUUUUUUUUAAAUCAUAUCAUUACACAAAAAUAUAAAUUUAGGUGAAAAUACUUUUAUUUUAAGGACACAUGAAAACAUUGAUGUGAAUAAAUGAGAAAAUUAAAGAAUAACAAGAAAAGCUCUAAGUUCAUCAGUUACUCAAAUACGACUAACUGAUGUAAUUAAAUAUUGUUUUUUUUAAAACGCAGGCCUGUUGGGCUAAGUUUUGGUACACUGAUUUCUACUCAGCUAUGCAUUUGUGUUGCCUGUUAUAUUAUAUCUUAUAUCUUAGUGAAAGGUGGGAAAACCAGAUCUGACAACAUUUAGGAUAAGUUGUGAAAAUAUUUCAUAACUAGCUCACAGCAUCACAAUGUCCAGACAGACAAAAUGCUAAAAAAAAAAAAUAAAGAAAAAACACCAACAGAUGCACAAGAAGCUGUGAAAUAUAUGUUGGUCUUUUAUGAAUCUGAUUUUGUGUAAAUAUAAAACUAUUUUUAUCUGCUGUUGUUAUUACUAAAUAGUUUCAAAUGAAGCUAGCUUGUUGUAUUGUACAUAUUAAAUAUCUAAUUUCUGUAUGGCCAAGAAACUUCAUUAAAGUUGAA